AUGGUGGUCAUCAGCUCGGCCGUGGCAGCCACGACGGGGGGCGAGUUUCUGUCUGAUCCAGGUUGGGUCCCCGUGGGUGUGCGCCUCGCCCGAGCAGAGCGAUGUGGUGCCGGGCAGCCCUUAGUGCCUGUGACAGCUGCAGCCCCCACGCCGGCUGUUUCCAUUGACCCUAAAGAUUACACUUUUUCCGGACUUAAAAGUGAAACUGUGGGUCGUCUGCCUGGAAAAGUGGCGGGGCAACAAUUUGUCAUUCAGGACUGUGAGAACUGUAGUAUCUACAUAUUUGACCAUUCUGCUACAAUCACUAUCGAUGACUGUGUAAACUGCCAAAUCUUUUUAGGACCAAUAAAAGGCAGCGUGUUUUUCCGUGACUGCAAAGAUUGUAAGUGCAUAGUGGCCUGCCAACAGUUUCGCACUCGGGACUGCAGGAAGCUGGAGGUGUUCUUGUGCUGUGCCACCCAGCCCAUUAUCGAGUCUUCCACGGGUAUGAAAUUCGGAUGUUUCCAGUACUAUUACCCUGAGCUUGCUUUACAAUUUAAAGAUGCUGGACUGAGUAUCUUCAAUAACACAUGGAGCAACAUCCAUGACUUUACCCCUGUGUCAGGAGAAAAUAAUUGGGGGCUUUUGCCUGAGAACGCUGUAGUUCAAGAUUAUGUUCCUCUGCCCGGCUCUGAAGAGCUGAAAGCUGUCAGAAUUUCUACUGAUGCUGCAAGGAGCAUAAUACCAGUAACUCGAGGGCAGAGACAGAAAAGCAGCGAUGAAUCAUGUUUGGCCAUGUUUUUUGCUGGUGACUACACAACUGCAAACGCCAGGAAGUUAAUUGAUGAGAUGACUGGCAAAGGCUUUCAGCUGGUACAGACUAAAGAAGUCUCAAUGAAGGCAGAGGAUGCUCACAGAGUUUUCCAGCAGUGUGCAUCAGAAUUCAUUCCACUGCUUGAAAAAGGUCCAGUGGUUGCUUUGGAGUUCAACGGAGAUGGUGCUGUGGAAGGAUGUCGAAGCACUAUAAAUGAAGUUUUUAGUGGGACCAAGGUUUUUGUAUCGGAGAGCAAGGCAUCAGCGUCUCAAGAUGUAGACAAUUUCUUCAACUUUGCUGACAUGCAGAUGGGAAUGUGAAGUCUAACGUGAAAGUGUUCACGUACGGUUUGUCUCAGCACUUGGAUGUCACUUGGCAUGAAUGUUGCUGUAGUAUGUGGGAAGUUUUGUCAUUUGGUUUUGUAUUUUUCAUAUAUCCCUUUUAUAAAGCUAUUGGUGGUUUUAAUACCAUAUUACCUGAACUGGAGUAAGUGGGAUAGCUCCCCAUGUGCUUUGUGUUUGAAACUUACUUUUUGACUCUAGAAACAAUGGAGGUUUUCUAGUAACUUUUUACAGCGAUUUCUAAACUUCUUUUGACACUUGAAUGUUUCUUGUCAACAUCUAAUGGUAAGACAUAUUCGAAAAGUGCAAUGCUGAUCCAAAUGUGAUGCAGUAGUAAUUGU